AGAGUCAGAAAUGGAGUACUGUAUAUUAAAAACAGAAAUAGGCCGAGCUUCAAUUGGACAUCAACCAGGCGUGUUCUGGAUGAAACCCAUUUUUUUGUUUUGCGUCCCCCGUGCAACGGUUUCCGGGGUUGGUUACCCAGGGGCAGCUAGUGACGUAGUAUUUAUUCAUGCCGUACACAAUAGCCAAAUUGUAUGUAGUAUCGAACAAGUGAACAUUACUAUUAGGACCACAGGACAAGUGAACAAUACCAAUACUCGGUAUGACGUACAGUUUACUUGAGUCUCAUUUAUUGCAAUAUGCUACUAGUUCUGCUAUGUAGUUUAUACCCCUUUGAUUGACGGAUGCUUCUCACAUUGUGUAGGACGAAAUAGGGCUGUUUCCAUACUUAGCCUAUGAUAACACGCUUGAAGCAAUUCAUUUAGCGAUGUACACAGCUAAACGAGCCAAUUAUCGCCCUCGGGGUUUUCAGACCAAUGAAUGCAAUCUCCAGUCGAGAACGCGGUGUUAUCAGACGUAUCUAGCUGCACAAUCAUUGGCUACAGCAGUCUCACUUUUUUUUUUUGGUCUGCUGUCGGGGAUGGCAUGACAUGGGCAUGCUGCCUUACGUUGAACUGACUAACUUGGUACCUUACGCUUACGUGCAAUACAGGGCUGUGGGAAUUAGUGUGUCAUUGAUGAACUGCCGAACUGAUUAAAUUGCUCAAGGAGUCCUACCAUCCCCAUGUUGAAAAUAGCGGCUACAGGUGCGGAUGCGGCAAAGGGAACAAGCGUUAACGCCGCUGUCAACCUGAGAGUGCCUGGUUCGAGGGGUGGCAAUGGCGAUGCCGACUCGGAAGCUGAGUUUUAUCCUAAGGGGCGAACGGAAGAGGUUGACGGUGACACUAAAGGCAAGGCGUAUGCCUUCUGCAGAGAAUUCCUCUCCGGAAUGUGGAAGAGCAUCGCCGAAGAGGAUUUUCAAAUAAGCAUUAUCAGUGGUGGACUGAGUAACCUGCUUUACCUGUGCAAACUGCCCGACCAUGUGGAGUGUUUGGCAGACGAACCUCACCAGGUGUUGCUCCGAAUCUACGGGGCCAUCUUACAGGGCGUGGAGUCACUGGUCCUGGAGAGUGUGAUGUUUGCAAUUCUGGCAGAGAGGGCUCUAGGCCCUCAGCUCUACGGGAUCUUUCCGGCAGGUCGUCUGGAGCAGUACCUGCCUAGCUGCUGUCUGAGGACAGAGCAGCUCCGCGACCCGGAGCUCUCUGCGGAGAUCGCCAAGAAGGUGGCCUGCUUCCAUGGGAUGGUCAUGCCAUUCAACAAAGAGCCAAAAUGGCUGGUUAGGACCAUUGACAGAUACAUGGAUCAGGUACUGGGGUUGAGGUUUGUCCGAGAUGCUCAGGUGAAGAAGUUCAACAAGCUGAUGAAGCACAACCUGGAGGCAGAGCUCAAGGAUCUCUGGACACUGCUCGCUGCUACGCCCUCUCCAGUGGUGUUCUGCCAUAAUGACGUUCAGCCGGGAAACAUCCUCAUGUUAGAUGACUCAGACCCCUCUUCAAAAGGCAAGCUCAUGCUGAUUGACUUUGAGUACAGCAGUUAUAAUCACAGGGGCUUCGACUUUGGCAAUCACUUUUGCGAGUGGAUAUAUGACUACACCCAUGACCAGUGGCCCUUCUUCAGAGAAAAUAUGGACAAUUAUCCAAACAGAGCGCAACAACUGCAUUUCAUCCGAAACUACCUGUCAGAAAGCAACGGCUACCCCGAGGACGCAGGGCCCGAAGACCGAGCGAGGCAGGAAGAGGAGAUGCUCCUUGAAGUAAACCGGUAUGCUUUGGCUUCACACUUUUUUUGGGGCUUGUGGUCCAUCAUUCAAGCAAAAAUAUCCAAAAUUGAGUUUGGUUAUUUGGAUUAUGCGCAGAGUCGAUUUGAAGCAUACUUCAAGCAAAAAAAGCUUUUUACAUAAGGAAUCUCUCUGACUUUCUAAGGACAAAUCGACUGGGCUGUCAUUUCUUCAGAAAGUGCACCCGCUUUGUUCGUGCUUUCCUAAGUUUUGUCUCUCUCUUCUCCUUUGAAUCUCGUGGUGCGAAGAUAGUCCAGUGCAAUUGUUGGGAAUACCAAGAAACAAGACCUGUCAACAAGAGAAUGCUAAAGGAAAAACCACAUCGGGCAUUUAACACACCUGAGCACACCUGACAACCGCCAGCACUCCCCGCUACACCUGAACAUAUCAACACGCAGAUAUAAUCAGCAUUCCCUCUGUGCUCGUGGGGGAAAGACUACACGCAGUUGUGAAAACAAAGAUGAGAACUUGUGAUGAGAACUUGCCGUGUAUUUACUGUACACUCUGAACUGCAGGUCUGAACUUUCCUCUGCUUGUCUCUGGUUAGCUCACGCCAUUGUUUUGAAUUGUGCACACUGAGCUGCUGGGCAGUGUAAGUCAGGUGUAUACACUCAAGACCGAGGUAACUGUUGUUUUAAAAUGAUGUAAGUGCAGUGAUGAUGAAGGGCAUCCUCUAAAAUCCUCAUGUUAGGACGCACUGUAUAUUAAUUUUAAGUGUAUUUAAUUUAGCAUUGUUUUUUCAUUACCUUUUUAUUGUGUUGUCUCAUGUUUCUCUACCUGAUGAUACAAUAAAGAUGAUAUCCUGCAAAAAA